CAUUGUCGAAGGUGAACAUCAUGGAAGCCAUUGUUUCUUUUCGUGAAGAACAUUGUUUCACUGGGAAAAAACAAAGAGGGAUUGGACUUAUUAAAAGACUGAUUUAUUUCAGUUUCUCAAUCUCGCGAAAUCUGAAUUGAAAGACUUCCAGUUGGCCUAUCACGCUGUGAGAGGAGUCACCCUUAGCAGACAACACCUGGGCAGCUGGACAACCCGAAGGGAACGGAACGGCAACAACGACACGUCAAAGACUCUGUCUCGGAAAGAGCAAGGCAUGAAAAACACACGACGUUCAUGGUUUGAGACAUCCCAUGUUCACAAUUUGCACAAAGCUGUCAAGAUACACCAAUACACCUCUCAUCCGUCGAGUUCCAAGUGUGCACCGUCGACGACCCAAUCUGAUUGUUCGUGGACUGGCUAUGACUCUGCCCGUCACGAUGGAGAACAGCUGUUCGUCAAAAAGAACAGUCCAAGAUGCUGACCUGGGUGAAGCCGGUGAAGCCCAGAAUGGCGGAAGUAGCAGGGCAACACCGCGAUCCCUCAGUCGUGCUGUCAGUCCUCCGCUCAAGAAACGCCGCACAAGCCCAGAGAAAGAAGAAGAAUCCCUUCCCGCAGAACAGCAGGCAGAACAGCAGCCAUGUCCAUCUCGAACGAUUGUCAAAUCGCCGUUUCAUCUUACCACGAUUCGCUCCUUGGGACAGGAUUCCAACAAGGAUACCGUAUCACUCAAGGACCUUCUCGGUGACCCCCUGAUCAAAGAGUGCUGGGAGUUCAACUACCUUCACGACAUUGACUACCUCAUGAGCGCGUUUGAUGGUGACGUCCGCCAUCUGAUCAAGGUUCACGUUAUCCACGGCUUUUGGAAGAAAGAGGAUCCCAAUAGGUUACAGAUACAGUCUGACGCCGCUCGCUAUCCCAAUAUCACCACGCAUCAUGCCUAUCUUCCGGAGCCUUUUGGCACCCAUCACAGCAAAAUGAUGGUGCUCUUCCGAGCAGAUGAUACAGCAGAGAUCAUCAUCCACACUGCAAACCUGAUCCCGAGAGACUGGGGUAACAUGACGCAAGCCGCUUGGAUAUCUCCCCGACUUCCGCUUCUGAAGCCAGACACCCAACAGUCUACUUCCUCUACUCGUGCUCCACCACCAGCUGGGUCAGGUGAGAAAUUCAAGAUAGACUUUCUGAACUAUCUACGCUCCUACAGGGCUGCAUGUAAACCUCUUGUUGACCAACUUUCCAAAUAUGACUUCUCCUCAAUACGUGGCUCACUGAUCGCCAGUGUCCCAGGGCGACACUCUAUCGUUGACGAUUUCCCGACCCGCUGGGGCUGGGCCGCGAUGAAGGAAACUCUCAAAUCGGUGCCCGUUCGCCAAGCAGAUCCUGAUCGUAAUGACGGCGAGAAGCCCGAAAUCGUAAUCCAGAUUUCCUCCAUCGCUACCCUAGGUCCAACCGACAACUGGCUCAAAAACACCCUUUUCGAAGCGCUCAGUGGUUCCCAAAGCCCCAAGACCCUGUUGUCGUCGUCCAAGUCUAAACCAGACUUCAAGAUCAUCUUCCCCACGCCGGACGAAAUCAGGAAGUCACUCGACGGUUACGCGUCCGGUGGUUCCAUUCAUACCAAGAUCCAGUCUGCUCAACAAGCCAAGCAGCUCCAGUAUCUGAGGCCGAUGUUCUGCCACUGGGCGAACGACUCGGCCGAUGGAAUCGACCUAGACCCCGCAACCACCGUACCCAUCCGCGAGGCAGGCCGCCAACGCGCCGCACCCCACAUCAAAACUUUCUUCCGCUACGCCAACCAUAAAUCCAAAUCCUCUAUCGACUGGGCUCUCCUCACGUCCGCCAACCUUUCCAAACAAGCCUGGGGCGACGCGCAGAGCAAGAACAACGCCGGCGAGCCGCAGGUGCGCAUCUGUUCGUACGAGAUUGGCGUGCUGGUUUGGCCGGAGUUGUUUGCAGAUGGUGAUAGUAGCAGUGAUGGCAAAAAGGGAGGGAAGGCCGAGAUGGUGCCUACUUUUCUUACGGAUACUCCAAGUCCAAGUCGUAAUAAUGGGACGUCUUUCGGCGGAGAGAAAGAGAGAGGCAAGGGAGGUGAUGAGAACAAGGAGGAGCCAACGGUGGUGGUAGGAUUGCGGAUGCCAUAUAACCUGCCGUUGCAGCGGUACGGGCCGCAAGAGGUGCCUUGGGUUGCCACGGCGAACCACUUGGAGCCGGACUGGAUGGGGCAGGUUUGGCGACAUGAUUGAGUUGCGGAAAUGGUACGCAGCUGCCUGAUCAGUCUAUUGAUGUGGGUGGUCUCCGGUAAUCUGCCUUCGAAAUGAACUUCUGAACGAGAGCGUAUGUGGU